AUGUUGAAAUCUACCCACAAGGCGGUGGCGCCCCCUCCUCUACCAGAGGGAUGGACCGAACACAAAGCACCGACUGGUCACUCCUACUACUACAAUGCGACGACGAAGCAAUCGACAUACACGAGACCUGUUGCCUCUCCAGCACCUAUCGCACCGCCUCCUGCUGCUCCCUUAAACCCAUCUCAGAGCUUUUUACAAUAUCAAGCUGUUGGAAGCCCAAUACCAAGUGCUGGACCGGGUUUCAAUAGCUUUCCGCAGCAACAACCCUUUCAAGGACGAGGUUUCCAAGGCCAGAGAGGAGGCAGAGAUGAUCAUGAUGGACCCAGGAACCCAAGGCCACAACCAACGGAUAAGCCGAAAUCACGACAUCCAAUUCCAGGAUGUGAGCCAUGGGUGUUAGUACACACAAAGCUGGGGAGACGAUUCGUUUACAAUACAGCAAAGAACCAGAGUUUCUGGCGGAUACCUGAUAAGCUUAAGGAUGGUAUACUGCAGCUUGAUCAGCAGAGGAUCAAAGAGAAGGCCGAAGCAUUGCAGAGGGAGAAGGAACCUGCAGCAAGCGGAGGGAUUCCAGGAGCCGCAGAAAAACCAGCAACAGAAACGCGGGAAGAACAACAAAAUGGAGGUGAUGCGGAGGAUAGCUCCGAAUACGAAGAAGUCGAAGUCACAGAUGACGAAGAGGAGGAGAACCCCCCGAAGAGGCAACGAACAGAUGAGGACGCUCCGGAUGAGCCCAUUGAGUUCAACGAAGAUGAUAUUGCCUUCCAAUUAGCAGCGAUGGGACAAGAAUAUGGCUUGGAUCCUGGCGAAUAUGACGAUGGUAAUAUGGAGGGUUGGGAAGAGGGCGCCCAAGGUCUGGAACUGACGGAAGAGGAUGCCGUCGCAUUAUUCAAGGAUUUACUCGAUGAUUUCAGAAUCAACCCGUACAGCCCCUGGGAGAAGCUUGUCGAAGAGGGAAAGCUAGUUGAUGACACGAGAUACACGGCACUGACAACUAUGAAGGCGCGGAGAGAGGCGUGGGAUGAAUGGUCACGCGAGAAGAUCAAGCAACUCCGAGAGCUCAAGACGAAGGAGGAGAAGAAGGAUCCCAAGAUACCGUAUCUGGCGUUCCUCCAGAAGCAUGCGACACCAAAAUUAUACUGGCCGGAAUUCAAACGGAAAUAUAGGAAAGAAUCAGAGAUGCGGGAUAGUGCCAUGGCUGAUAAGGAUCGCGAAAAACUCUACAGGGAGCAUAUCAACAGACUCAAACUCCCGCAAUCGAGCUUGAAGGCCGACCUGUUAACUCUGCUUAAGGCACAACCGCUCUCGACACUGAACAAUACUACCAUUGCCUCACACCUACCUCCCGCCGUUCUCACAGACAUCCGAUACAUAUCACUUGAUCCCGCAGUGCGAGACCAACUUAUCGAGUCGCAUAUCGCGACUUUGCCCCCACCCCCAGCGUCGGCGGCCGAAGAAGAAAGCGAAGAAGCGGCCAAGGAGCGGAUGGAGAAGCAGCGGAGGCAGAAAGCCUUGGAGGAUCGGGAAAGACACGUCGCUGAAGAGAAGCGACGGCAAAAGAGGAAUCUCGAACUUGGAAAGGGCAGAUUGCGGGAGGAAGAAGCAGAGAUUGCGAGAGCAAUGAACGUUACGAAGAAAGGAUUGAAAGGCCAUUUAAUGGGAGAAGAGAGUGCGGAGAAGGAUUCUUGA